AUGGCUGAUGAUCAACAACAAGCUGACCACAAGCCUGCCUCGGGACUCGGCUCUCUCCCAGCGCUGGUGCCGGGACUCCAGGGACCCGAAGCCAACGCGUUGCAGUUUAAAAUCAAGAAUUCCAUUUGCAAAUCUGUACAAUCAAAAGUGGACAGCAUAUUGCAAGAUGUUGAGAAGUUUACAGACAUCGAAAAGCUCUACCUCUACCUUAAGUUGCCUUCUGGUCCCAGCAGUGGCAAUGAUAAAAGGACUGAGAAUGAGAGGGGGUCGUCCACUCCUGGAUUAUGCGAUCAGAGUUCCAUGUCAUCGAGUCGCACUCAGCAGAUGUAUGCCUUCAACUGGAUACGGAAUCACCUAGAAGAGCACCCCGAGACGUCCCUCCCAAAGCAGGAAGUGUACGAUGAAUACAAGAGCUAUUGUGACAAUCUCGGCUACAAUCCAUUGAGUGCAGCAGACUUUGGGAAGAUCAUGAAGAAUGUCUUCCCCAACAUGAAGGCACGUCGACUAGGGAUGAGAGGAAAAUCCAAAUAUUGUUAUAGCGGGUUAAGGAAGAAAGCUUUUGUCCACAUGCCAUCAUUACCCAACUUGGAUCUGCAGAAAUCAGGCGAUGGGUGUGAACUGAUGGAGCCGGCUGGGCAGUCCCCGAGUGCGGAGGAUGAAAUGAGGUCAGCUGCGUGUGGUUUGGUAUGCGAGUGGGCCCAAAAGGUCUUGAGUCGUCAGUUUGACAAUGUGGAGGAUCUGGCGCGCUUCCUGCUGAAUAGCCACUAUAUUGGUACCAAGUCCAUGGCUGCGCUCACUGUUAUGACAGGAACACCUACAACAGGCAUGAAGACACCAACACCCGCUUCUGCAUUUGUGCCUACGGCCGAGGCAAACUCCUUCCAGCCCCAGGUGAAGACUCUGCCCUCACCCUCUGUUGAUGCAAAGCAGCAACUGCAGCGGAAGAUCCAGAAAAAGCAGCAAGAGCAAAAGCUCCACUCUCCUCUACCCAGCGACACCCAAGUCAAACGAACGGAGGUCAGCACACCUGGCCCGACCAUCCCCUGCGGUAGCCCUGCUCUGCUGUCCCCUCAGCCCACUAUAGGCAUCGUAGUAGCAGCUGUGCCCAGCCCAGUCACGGUACAGAGAAGCCGGCAGCUAAUGACUUCUCCGAGCCCUGUUGGUACAACCGAGGGAAAAGUGCUGCCUGUAAAUUUAGUGGUUACACAGUCGCUUAAACAAUCCCCCAAAACCCCUCAGAAUAUCCCAGCGAGUCCCGUGGGGGACCGGCUGGCCCGGCACGGCACCAGGUACGCUCAAAUCCUGCCCAAGCCCUCCGCCACUAGUGCCAUCACACUUCGGUCCCCUCCCACCCUGCUCAUUACCAACAGCCCCAUUAAAACUGUGAUGCCCACUCCGCACGUGAGCUCGGUCAAUGUUGUAAAGAUGACUGCCAUUGCAUUAGCUCCCAGCAGCAGCAGCAGCAGUAGUAGUAGUACUACCAGCAGCAGCAGCACCGUGGUACGUCCUGCCUCGGCCGGGACGGGCACGACUUCCACCUUAGACGAGUCGCAGGCUGCAUGCCAUACUUCUGCGGUCAGAGCUGUUGCCUCCACUUUAACCCCCUGUGCUGAUGCCAAGGUGUCUGAAGCUGGAAAUCACAACUCUGGGGCGGAAAAGACUGGCAUUGCCACUUGCGAGGAGAGAGUGGCAAAGUUCAGGGCCGCCAGUGAGCCAAGCUUUUCGGUUAAGAGUUCUCCGGCAACUGUGUCCAGGAUGAAGAAUGACUCUGUAUCCCAUUCCACCUCGGUAGCUAUAGCUGGGAUUCAGGACAGCAAUAACAGUAACUGCCAUGACAGCACCUUGUACUUGACUGUUGAUAAUCACAACUCCAUUGGCAACAUGUCAGCCAGUGGAUGCUCGAUCAGUAUUCCAGCUUCAAAAGACCCUUGCACAGAUUCCAAGAGUCCCAGAAAGCGCACAGGCCCUACUACAGAGUCGCAUAUUAUUCCUGUGAAGAGAGUAUUUAUAUCUCAGCAGCCGCUCGCUGCAGCUGACAAUCCCAAACAUGGAAUCAGCGCUGCAGUGAAGAGGAUCCCACGACCGGGUACUCCAGCCCGACCGGAAAGCGCACCGUGCAAGGUGACUGUGAAACCCACUUCGGUCGGUCCCGUGCAGAUCUUGGAGCUCUCAGACUCGCCCGUCACACACAUCCAGGGCUCGGCGACUGUUGUCAAACCGCAGGCUUCCAUGGCGAAACAGGAAAACCGUUCUCUUGGCGACACUGGGGCCGAAGCGGCGGGAACGUCCGGCCGAGGCUUGUUGCAGCAGAUCGCCACAGACGCACGUGCCAUCCCAACCAACUCAGGAGCACACAAUGCCUCUGUGAUGAGUGAACUAAAGAGCACAAUAUGGGAAGAGGGUCAGCUCGAUGAGCUACGCAAGCACCCGUUUGCCGUGCAGAUACCAGCAGAACACAAGCAAGCCCCAACAAACCAGCUUUCUAUUCUAGCCCAACCCACCGACACCCCUAGUCAGCUGGCCUUAACGCAGGACAUGGUCGACUUUGCGGGUUCUCAACCCAACAUGGACUACUUCCCGUUCAACGACGACGACAUGACACAGGACAGCAUUGUGGAAGAGCUCGUCCAGAUGGAGGAACAGAUGAAGCUGAAAGGACUUUUUGGCAGCUGCGUGGAUGUUUCGCUCCAAGGCCAGCCGGCUGGCAACCAGAGCUCCACGCUCAAUGCUCACCAGGCUGGCACAGCUUUCUACCAGUCCGCCCACGGCAGCACCACCCCGGUCCAAACCCCCACGCCUACUCCCACGCCUACUCCCACACCUACCCCCACCUCUGAAGUGACGCUUAGCCACAGCCUGACAAGAGAGAGUCCCUGCUCCCGCAUGGCUCCCGUCACUCCCGUAGACAGCGCGCUGGGUCGCCACACACCUAUCAGUACACCGCUGUCCAACUGCAGCAGCAGCGUGCCUCCGAGCCCAGUGGAGUGCAGGAACCCUUUUGCUUUCACACCAAUCAACUCCAGCAUCACCGGUUACCACGACGCCAGUAUCGUCACCAGCAGCCCGGUGAAACCCAUGCAGAGGCCAAUGGCAACGCACCCCGACAAGGCCAAACUGGAGUGGAUCAACAACCGCUAUAACAGCAACUCGGCCGCCCCCUUGUCCAACCAUAGCAUUGGUAUACUUCCUAGCUACCAAGACCUGGUUGACGAUCAAUUUCGUAAACCGCACGCUUUUGCGAUUCCUGGCCAAACAUUUCAAGCGCAGUCCAGGCCAGAUUCAGCUAAUUUUGGCCCUUUGACCCCUAUUUCCCCUGUGCAACAGCAGCAAGUAACUGGUGGAACCACGCUGACUAAGCAGGAGAGCUUCGCUGUGCCCGCACCAUUGGACAACAAGGCACCAACGACGUCGGCGUCCAGUACUUUCCGCUGCCGCAGUGUCAGCCCCGCUGUGCGCCAGAGGAACUCCAGCGGCAACACCGGCCCACAGACCGCCGCCAACGCUAAUACCUCCGGCGCCACCCUCACAGUUGUCUCGCCCUUUAACUCUGCCAUCACCUCCGAAGUGCUAAGCAUCCUAUCCAACACGCAGUCGGUCAAUUCGGUACACAGCAUGGUCCAACGCAGCCAGUCCGUACCCUUAAACAUCAUGAUGCAGAGCGAGUUGUUGCCCGUGCAGGGCCCGAGCAACACCGCCAAAAUCACCAACGUCCUUCUCAGCAAGAUGGAGGCGGAGGGGGACGAAUCGGUCCGCGGCCUGGGGGUAAACAACCUCCCGUCUAACUACACGGCCCGCAUGAAUCUCACGCAAAUCCUGGAGACGGCCCCGGCUUUCGCCACGGGAACGUCGCACCAGACCCCGAUGCCCGUCGACCCCGGCCCGGCCGCAUUCGAGCUCCAGCGGCACAGCUAUCUGGCCGACGCCAGUGGAGAGCAAGCGAGCUUCUCCGCCGGGGACACCCAAGCACAAGAAGCGCCCGGUGAGCCAGACCAGCAACAGCAGACGCAGCGGGACACGGAGGAUGAGCAGCAGCAGCAGCAGCAGCUGGAUUUCAACAACACCGUCAAGGACUUGUUGGGGGACGACACUCUCAAUCCCAGCUCACAGCUGGUGGGUCAGGUGGCCUCAGAACUUAACGCAGUGGCGUCAGACUUUUCGAACGACAUCAGGCUGACCACAGAUCUGUCCAGUAGCAUCACUGACCUUAACACAUUGGACACCAAUCUGCUGUUUGACCCCAAUCAGCAGCAGGAACAAUAUGAAGACUCGACACUGGAAGAACUAAAGAACGACCCACUAUUUCAGCAGAUAUGCAGUGAUACUGUGAACUCUGGCUUUGACUGGCUGGAGAGCAAAGACCAGCCCACAACAGUAGAGAUGCUGGGCUGA